UUAGAACAAAGCAGAAUCAGAAUAAAGACUUGGUAAACGGAUGCUUCAGUUGUCACAGAUCGUAGGGAGUCCUGAGGUGUAGCUAACUGAAAACCUAGUCGUGUGGCCGAUAAACAAUACGCUGCGCUCUUUGGCGCCGAAUCUGACCGAGAAUAGCACGUAGCGGAGCAGGAUGUUUAGCCCCAGCCAAUUGAUGUCCGCCUUGCCAACAGGGAUCCUACCUGCUUCUGCCACUCAUUUCUACCCAGCUUUCUCUGCACGCUUCGGCACCCCACAGAUUUCCAGUCUCUUUUUCCCAAGCCCCUUAUUCAGCUAUGAAAUUCUGCAAAACUACCUCCAACCAGAACCUUGCAAGCAAGCACUGCUGUUGGCCACUCAGGCAGCUGGAUUAGCCGGAAUUAAUGAAUAUACAGAUGAAACCCGGCCAGUAAAGCAAAGGCGGGCUCGAGCCAACUACAGCAGCUGGCAGCUGGAAGAGUUAGAAAAGGCCUUUGAGACCACCCAUUACCCCGACAUCUUUAUGAGGGAGGCAUUGGCACUGAGGUUGGAUCUUAUUGAAGCAAGAGUUCAGGUUUGGUUCCAGAACCGUAGAGCCAAGAUGCGCCGGCAGAUGAAAAUGCAGGGCAAACCUGUAGAAAGGUCACCUGGGAAGGACACAGAGUGUCUCAUCAGUAUGGCACAUGAUAGACAAGAGGAAGAGGAGAGCACUGAAGCUUCUCACAGGGAUGGAAAAGCAACAACGUCCACCUACCCGUGGCUUGGAAGUCAACCUAAAAAUCAGUCGUCCAUGGUGCCUCCACCAUUUAAGAGUGUUGUUCAAGACACAAAGGAGCAAGAAGACAAGUCAAACACAGAGCAGUUUCGCUUUUCCAGCAUCGCCAAUUUACGGGCAAAGGCAAGAGAGCAUGAAGCAGAAAUCCACAGUUCUGUGUCUAAAAUGGCACACGAGCAAACAAUGGAAAUUUCCAGACAGGAGACUGAAAAUAAAUAGCAUGGAAUGUCUUCAAAAAUAAAAAUAAACAUUAAUAAUCCUGAAAAACAAGAUGUCUCCAAGACCCUGGAACAUUUCUGCAAUGGGGAUGCUGCAGAUACUGAAUGUGUAUUUAAGGACAUAAUGAUGAAAGCAUUGAAAGUGUGGUCAUUCUGCUUGUGCCACCUCUCUGAGUGUGGUGGUGCUUGGCACAUGUAAAACCAGUCCUGGUGUACCAACAUGAAUCCCAGAGAAAGAGAGAGAGAGUGAAGGCAACUGGCAAGCAAGACAAAGCAGGAGAAUAAAAUUGAAAUAUAAGAUGCAUGCGAGUUUCCUUAAUAGUACACAGUAUUUAACAUUCUCUGUACAUUAAGA